AUGGCUCAAACAUUUUCUAACAAUGGCAGAACCAAUGAGGUUUUGGUGGAGGAGAGAGCAAGUGUUCGAACAUUCAUAUUAAAUAGGCCUAAGCAGUUGAAUGCACUUUCUUAUCAAAUGAUAUUUUGGCUGUUGGAACUUUUCCAUGCAAGUGAAGGAGAUUCAAAUGUGAAGAUGAUAAUAUUUAAGGGAAAUGGAACGGCUUUCUGUGCUGGUGGUGAUGCUACAUCUGUCGUUCGUAAUAUUCGCCAGAGUAACUGGAAAUGGGGUGCUGAUUAUAUCCGCGAAGAGUGCACUCUUAACUAUGUGAUGGCAACAUAUAGUAAAUCCCAGGUUUCCAUCCUUGAUGAAAUUGUGAUGGGAGGUGGACUUGGUGUCUCUGUACAUGGUACAUUUCGAGUUGCAAUAGAGAAGUCGGUUUGUGCUAUGCCUGAAACAACUUUGGGACUCUUUCCUGAUGCAGGUGCUUCUUACUUUUAUUCUAGGCUUCCAGGAUUCUUCGGGGAAUAUGCUGGUCUUACUGGUGCUAGGUUAGAUGGUGCUGAAAUGCUUGCUUGUGGUCUAGCAACUCAUUUUGUACACUCAGAGAGAUUGCCAUUUUUAGAACAAGCACUAAUUAAAGUCAAUACGAGUGAUCCAGAUGUUAUUUCUGCCAUCAUUAGUCGGUUCUCUAACAUAUCAAAGCUGAAAGCAGAAAGUCCUUAUCACAAGAUGAAGAUUAUUGAUCACUGCUUCUCUCGGAGAACAAUCGAAGAAAUCAUAUCGAGAGCCAUACUCAUCGACAAGGAUAGAAAUCCUAAGUGGGAGCCCUCCAGACCGGAACUAAUUACAGAUGAUGAUGUUGAUCGUUACUUCUCCAAGAUAGAUGAUGAAGAUUGGCAAGACCUAAAGCUGCCUCCAAGAUCAAACUUGCCUCCAUAUGCAAUUGCCAAACUUUAA